GCCCUGGUCAGUGAUGAUCUCUUGGCCGCCCUUGCCAGUGAUGAUCUCUUGGAGCUACUCAACCUAGUUAUAACCGUGUGUAUCCCCAUCCUCGGCGUGCCAGGCGUGGUCUUCAACGUGAUCAACGUCAUCGUAUUGGCCAGCAUGGGCCUGGACGGACACCACCAACAUUUCACUCUUAGGCCUGGCCGUGGCGGACAUCGGCUCUCAGGUGACUCUGAUCGGCGUCGGCAUCAUCUACCAUCCCUUGAAGGUGACAGCGGUGCCGUCGAAGGAGACCUUGGAUGUUUUCGACUACACUCUUCAGGGUGUACCCAGCAAUGCGUUCAGUCGGAUAUCCGGUCUGCUAACAGGUUUCAUAAGCCUCCAGAGAUGCGUCUGUGUGGUGUGGCCGCUGCACGUCAGGGCGCUGUUCACGGGACAGCGAACUUCCCUGGCCGCCGUCAUCGGCGCGUACACUUUGAUGUUUGCCAGCAUGAUCCCGGCGUACGUAGCGCGUCCGGUUGUGAUGAAGUUUGACCCAUUCUUAAUUAUAACCGUUGCGGGAUUAUUUUUUGGAGGAAACAGUGGCGAGUUGGAAAAGAUGUCCUUCAGCGUUAGUGUCACCGCCCAGGUGACCUCCUUCGCUGUCGUUACAGUGUCCACCCUUUUCCUAGCUCGGUCGUUGCACGCCGCCACUCGGUGGAGAGGUUCGAUCGUUGGCCAGGUACACAAAUCUACCAGCAGGGACAAGAAACUGGUCAAGAUGGUCAUUUUAAUAUCGACUGUCUUCAUCGCCUGCUCCCUGCCGACAAUUCUGGUAUUCUUCCUUAUACCGUUUCUCCAAGACUUUACGCUGACAGGCAGAAAUAAGAAUUUCAUAAGAAGGUUGUGUUACAUGCUCUACGCUUUCAAUGCCAUCAGCACGAUAGUCAACAUCUUCAUCUACCUGGCCGUAAGCUCAAAGUUUAAACAACACUUCUGUACUCUGUUU